CGCCUCAAGGAGUCAUUCACGCGCGCCCCAGUGCUCUCGUACUUCCACCCCUGGAGACGAACAGUAGUCGAGACGGAUGCCUCGGAGUGGGCUGUGGGAGGCGUGAUAUCUCAAUACGAUGAUAACGGAGAUUUACACCCAGUCGGCUUUUACUCGUCUAAACACACGCCGGCGGAGGCGAACUACGAGAUAUAUGACAAGGAGCUGCUUGCGAUCAUCAAGGCACUGGAAGAGUGGCGCCCUGAGCUCCAAGGCCCUGACGUGCCGUUCGAGAUCAUCAUGGACCACAAGAACCUGCAGUACUUCAUGACGACCAAGCUCCUAACACAGAGACAGGCCCGUUGGGCGGAGUUCCUCAGCCAAUUCAACUUCCAGAUUGUCUAUCGAAGCGGGAAGCAGUCUGUUAAACCAGAUGCUCUCAGCCGGAGACCUUGGGACACACCAUCGAAGCUCAAUACCACAGAUUCACGAGUAGCAGCGAGACAACAAACGAUCCUCCGAGCGUCACGUAUAUCCCCAGGCAUGGCGGAAGAACGACUUUACGCGAUAGAUACCUCUGAAGACCUCGACGACCUCAUCGAUAUGGCGUACAGCACUAAUCAUAUGGCGAAAAAGGUGCGAUUCAUGCGAGUACCAUUCAGUGACUGCAAAUUGCGAAAUGGCCGUAUUUUCUAUCACGAUAAGCUCUUCAUCCCUGAGAACGAUCACCUGCGAUCCCAAAUCCAAUAUCGUACACACGCACUUCCUGCUAGCGGUCACCCAGGCGGAGCGAAAACAGCGGAGCUAAUCAAGAGAAACUACUGGUGGCCAGGCAUGUACAGAGAAAUCAGCGGUUUCGUGGGAGCCUGUCACACUUGCAGAAGGGCCAAAGGACUCAAGGAGAGCCCCCAGGGCCUGUUGCACUCGCUAACCGUCCCGUACAGGCCCUGGUCUGAUAUCUCAGUCGAUUAUAUCACUGGUUUACCUGAUUAUAUACGCCACGAAGUCGUCUACAAGCAUAUCUUUGUCGUGGUUGACCGUCUGACCAAGAUGCGUUACUCCGUAGCAGUCAAUAAACUGGACGUGCCCACGAUGGUCGACGCUUUCGUUCACAGGGUGUUCUCUCUUCAUGGCUCCCCCGAGUUUAUUACUUCUGAUAGGGGUUCACAGUUCGUAUCGCAGUUCUGGCAACGGCUAGCAGAGCGCCUGGGCUCCAGGCUCAAACCCUCGUCUGCGUAUCAUCCGUCCACAAACGGUCAGACAGAGAUCAUAAAUUCCGUGCUUGAACAAUACCUCCGGAUAUACAUAUCGCUCGAUCAGGACGAUUGGGUGGAUCACUUGCCCCUUACAGAGUUUGCCUUGAACAACACUGUUUCCAGCACCACGAAGUUCUCACCGUUUUUUGCUAACUACGGCUGGAAUGCACGCCUCGGCAUCGAGCCACCCUCACCGCGGCCGCCUGACCUGUCCAGGGAUGAGGCACGGGAGUGGGAUAAAGCUGACAAACACGCUGACCUUAUGAAAAACCUCCUCGACGAACUUUGUCACAAUAUGGCUCGAGCCCAAGAAGAUUACGAAUACUCUGAGAACAUCGUCAUGCAACGGCCUUCAAAGAAGCUGAGCGAUAAGUGGCUUGGCCCGUUCGCAGUAUUGCGAAUAUAUAAGUGCGCGUGCGCUCUCGAGCUGGAUGGUCGAUUCAAUGGCAUUUUUCCUGUUUUCCACCACUCUUUGUUGCGACCAGUAGCAGAACCACGUACACAGGACCAAGUCGAGAUUAACGACUCUCAGGAGGACCAGAAGGACCUUAUCAUCGUGCCGAACGACAAGGGUCGCCUCCAGAGGAAGUGGGUGUUUGACAAGGAGGCUAUCGACGCCGAAGAGGAGGAUACUGCUUGCAUUGAGCAUGACGAGGAGGACACCAGCGCCGAGCAGAAGGAGACCUUUACCGCGGAUGAACUUUCAGCGCGGAAGACGACUCUGGCGCCGAGCAGCAGGAGACUCCAAAUGCUGGAGAGGACGGAACUUCCGACGUUUAAAUGA